AUGAUGUGGAGAGGAUCCGUAGGUGAGGACUAACUGAUUGUUUUUGAUAGUUUCUCACUACUUCAAGGGGUUCUCCUUUUGCUGGUCCGCUUUUCUCUAGCUCAGCCCGAGUUGGACGACGAUGAGUGGGAAACCACAUUGGCGCGGUACAACUCGACGACUCAAACCACGACUACUUCGACCAUGCCGACCACAACCAAAGACUACUGUCAUUGUGAUAUGGAGAUUUACGGAGUAGAUGAUCUGGAAGGAGUUCUCAAGUCGCCUAACUACCCCGGAUCUCAUUGCAAUAGCGGAAGAUGUAUUUAUAAGGUAAUCUGCUUAACGUCUGUCCAAGUGAUUUCCUUCGGAAAAUCAACAGAUUCUUCCUCAUCCGAAUAAGACGGUCCGUCUCAACGUUCAAACCGCGAGCUUUUCAACUGGAACUGUGCUCAAGUUCUGGAAUAUCUUUGACGUCAACGGCAAAGAGUUCAGCGUGUUUCACUCAGAGUACAUCUAUAACUUGCAAAUGUACACGCGCUAAUCACUUGCAAUUUUAGAUUAGAGGAUCAUGAACGCUAUUAUUCGAACGUUUUUGAAGAUUACUCAGUACUGACGACAGCAAAGAAUGUAGGCUUUAAAGUGAUAUUUGAGCCGAAGAAGAACAGUCAAGCAUACACUGGAUUCAAGAUUACAUUCGAGCGUUUCGAGAACGGUCUGGGUGUAUUGAGAUGAUACGUUAUUAUUGGUAUGGUGUUUUAGAUGGCGAUACCCGUGUCUGCCCUGAUCCGAAGAUUACUGUUGGUGAGACUAUGACAACCAUUGUCAAUCCUAUAGACUUCUCGUUUCCAUCCGGUGAGCUAGACAUACUAGAAUUUAUCAUUUUCUCGCUUUGUCUUUGACGUUUUCGGGAUUACAUUGUGUCGUUCCACCACGUUGUAGGGUGCGUUUUCCUUCUGUCGCCUACAAGCGUCGCUGCUGAGCAUCAAGUUGAGGAGAUGUUCAUUGACAUCAACACACCGUCAAACACGUUUGUUGGAAUACGUAGCUACGACGAAAGUGGUUUUUUUGCAAAAGACAUUUAGUAGGGCUCAAAGAGCAGAAAUGAAUGUUUCGGGUAUCAAAUUUCAGUUCUGAUUUGAGCAGAGUCAAACUUGUGGAUGCGUCUCGAGUUGAGCUUCUCAUCCGGAGACUGCCCAGUAAGAAGGGAGCUUUCAAGUUUCCAAAGAUCACGGCAAAACUCAUGAAACAAGGUUUUUGCCGCAUUUACUUUUUGUGUAAUUUAAAAAAAUUUGAGCUUGUUUGUGUCCGCCCACUGUGGAAAACAUCACAGAACAGGUCAAUCAGGCGACGAUUCGCUCACCAGGAUUCCCAAAUCUGUAUUGUCCUGGCAAAACGUGCCAUACUUCAGUUCUAGUAGACAAAGUUGACACUGGAGCAAAGAAACUCGUCCCCCUUCUGAUGAUUUCCGCAAACUGUACCAUUAGCGAGGACGAUAACCUGAAAUUAGCUUCUCUUGAUUCUUCAAGACUCAUUUUUCGGUAAGCUGAUAUAUAUUCGGAAAGCUCUUGAUAAUCUUGAUUACUGUUAGAACCUCUAAGAAGGAAAUGGUUCCCACAAAGUUCUUACGCCCAAUGAUAAUAAGCCAACAAGACUUGAGAGUCGUUUUUUCGGCAAGCGACAAAGUUCAGCGGCGUUACUUUGAAAUGAAUAUUACCCGAGUUUUUGUGCCACCAGGUUUGUAACUCAAUCCAAACAAUCUAUUAUAUUUAUAAGUAAGAUCUAUUUCAGAGUGCGUGUGUUCUUUGUUUGACGAUAAAGAGUAUAAGGGAGCGGGUUGGGUUUUAGCGCCGAUUCCCGCCAGAUGUAAGAUUCUGCAUUGUCACUGGAAGUUUUCCACUGGAUACUUUUAUCCGCCAAAGUUCAUCUCCAUUGAGUUUUUCAUGUCCAAGCCGGCAAUAGGGGACAAGGUCUACAUCAUAACUGACAAAAUUACCGAAGAGUAGGUGACUGUCAUCUGAUCCGAGUUUACCGGUCUGAGCAUAGGUACGGAAGUCAGUUGUUGUCUCACAAACGGAGUCUCACCUCUUCGGCGUCACCAAUUGAGUUCACCUUUUCUCGAUUCAAUCACACCGCGACCGCGGAUGCCGUUUUGAACGUCACCUGGACAGUGGUCGAAGGUACGCUCGACCUUCCUGCUCUCAAUCAACCCAAUUUUCUUUUUUUUAGCGUGUACGUGUGCGCCCGAUAAGUUCCAAGUGGAAGUGGACAAACCUGUUGUUAUAACAAGUCCUAAUUAUCCGGAAAUGUACUGCCCGAACCUUGUUUGUCGUCACACUUUCUAUGCUCCCAAAGGGUACUGCAACGAAAACCCGAGUAACCAACAGAGUUGUGUUUUACAGACAUUACCUGGAAGUGAUAGUGGAUUAUGCGGACCUGGAGAGGUACCAUGAUUUCUUGAAAAUCUAUGAUGGAAAUGGUACUAUAGAUCCUAUGAUGGCGCGGUAUGAGACGUUGUAAGCGGGGUUAGAAAAACGUUAUUUUCAGCAUUUCGGGAAUUGAGAAAAAUUUUCGCAAGAAUUCCACUGGUGACACUGUAUUCUUUCUUUUCAUGUCCGACGAGAACAUCAGUAACAAGGGAUUCCACGCAAAUCUCAUUGCUCGUAAGUGUAAUUAUUGAUUUCAGUAAAUUUAGAAGAAUACAAUUGCAUUUUCAGAUCCGAAAAUCGUCGAAGACGCGCCGGCCGCAAUUCACUGGCUCAUCCUCUUUGGACUCGCUCUCGUGAUUUGCCUGUUCAGUGCUAUAGCAGUGUACUUUGUCGUCCGCAAGAAGCCGAAGACUCCCAAGUUCACAACUCUGCAAAACCCGACCGUUUCCUAUGAGUCAAACCAGUCAACCGGGUAUGCAACAUAAUUUAUUACAAAAAUAAACAAGUUUAAAUAUUAUGUUUUUCAGCUCCGACCGAAUCAGCAUCAGAUACAACUCCGGAACUGAGAUGCUACCCGAUACUUCCUCGGGAACUGAGAUCAUCUGA